AUGUGCCACUUCACGCAUGGCAACAAGAUGAUGGACUCCUACAAGUCCUUAGAGCUGGCGCAGACUGCCGUUGACAUUGCCAUGUCGGCAGGCCCAGGGUCGAAUGGAAUCCUGCGACCUGGAGGCAGCCUCAUCAUGAAGCUUCUGCAGGGGCCUGGCACAAUGGAGUUUGCGGCUGACAUGCGUCCCUACUUCAAGAAGGUGGCUUGGCAGCGGCCAAAGGCUACCAGGAGCGAGAGCAAGGAGGUGUACCUCAUUGGCCUCAAACGCCACUCCCCAUCCGACCUGUCCGCCUCCGCCUGA